AUGUUCCUCCUUCUAGUGCUGUUUAUGGGUCUUAGUGGGCUGCAGGCCGGCCAGAGCCCUCAGAAAACCAUCCUGCAGACCACAGUUCCCGAAAAGAUUUCAUCACUAGAUGUGGAAAAAGACCCUGAAAAUCAUAUUGCAUAUCUUAUUACAAUAGCUGAAAAACCAUAUUUUGUCCAUCUUAAAAAACAAUCAUAUAUAACUUCAACUUCGGUGAUCUACACAUAUGACAACUAUGAUAUCCGUCGUUCUCAACCUCUGUCUUUUCUGGAAAGUUGCACUUACAAUGGCUAUGUCGCAGGUUUUCCAAACUCUCUUGUGACGCUCAGCAUUUGCUCAGGACUCAGGGGAACAAUACAAUUCCAAAAUGUCUCCUAUGGAAUUGAACCUGUGGAAACCAUAUCGGGAUUUGUGCACGUGAUCUAUGAGAUCACAAAUGACAACACUGAGAUUCCUGUCUUAGAAGAAGAUCAGAGUUACUAUUGGUAUAAUGAUUCACAAUUUCAGUUCGAAAGGAACGUGAAGAAAACUUCAUUAGUCAAGUUAUCUCCACGGUACUUCGAGAUGGAUAUUGUCGUGGAUAAGAAGCUGUUUGAUUACAUGGGCUCUGACAUUAAAACUGUGAUACAGAAAGUUACUCAUGUCAUCGGCCUUGUUAACACUAUGUUCUCCAUGUUAGAACUGACUGUUGUAAUACAUUCCAUUGAAAUCUGGUCAAAGGGAAACAGAAUUUCUGUCCCAGAGAGUCCUAAAAGUUUGUUGAUUGCAUUUUUAAACUGGAAACGAGACCAGAAACAGAAGCAUGUUUCAUACUUACUGGCCUUUGACGAGCAUCCUGCUUCCAUCGGAGCCCUGUAUCCAGGGGAAUUGUGCAGAGUGGAUUUUGACGUUGCUGUUGCCCUGUAUCCCAAAGGCUUAUCGUUAGAGUCAUACAGUGUCAUCGUCGCACAGCUGCUGAGCCUCGGCAUGGGCCUCACGUACGACAACACCGACACCUGUCACUGUACAGGAGAUGUUUGCCUAAUGACGCCCAAAGCAAUAUAUUUUGGGGGCAUGAAGAGUUUCAGUACCUGUAGCUUGGAUGACUUUAAACAGUUGUCCAUGGGCAAAGACCUUGGAUGUCUCCAGGACUGGCCUAUGGAGAGAAAACCUCAACGCAGGCCGAGACGGAUCUGUGGCAAUGGCGUGUUGGAGGGGAAAGAGCAGUGUGACUGCGGCACUUUGAAGAACUGUACGCACCGAGCGUGCUGUGACCCUAUGUCAUGCCGAUUAAAGUCCAAGGCCCUAUGUGGCUCUGGAGAGUGCUGUAAGCAAGACUGCACGUUAAAACCAAUUAACACACUGUGUAGAAAAUCAACUGGCGAAUGCGACUUUCCCGAGUAUUGUAAUGGAAACCUUUCUUACUGUGGGCGUGACACAUACUUGCGUGAUGGGGAGUAUUGUGACUCGGGUCAAGCCUUCUGCUUCCAUGGAUUGUGCCGGACUACUGACAAGCAAUGUAUUGACCUGCUUGGAAAAGGUGUGAGAGGGGCUCCUUUCUGGUGUCAUGAAGAGUUGAAUUCCAGAGGUGAUAGAUUUGGCAACUGUAUUUCUCAUCACUGUAAAUUUGAAGAUGUUCUGUGUGGGAAGUUAGUCUGUACAUGGCCAUUCAAGAGGAUAGUGAAGCUCGUCAAUAUAUCUACGGUUUAUACGCACGUACAAAAUGACGUAUGUAUAUCUUUCUAUAAAGGCGGGAGGAUACCUAAGAGCACACCAACAACAUAUAGCACUAUUGAAGACAGAGACGAAACAUUUGUAGAAGAUGGCACUAUCUGUGGCCCUGAUAUGUACUGUAAGGAGGCAGUGUGCAGAGAAUUGAGAUUUGUCGCAAAUUUUAACACUUGCAAUGCUACUAGAGAUUGCAAUAAUCAUGGGUUCUGUAACAAUUUCCACCAUUGCCACUGUGAGGAAGGGUAUAACCCUCCUCACUGCGAGGAGAUGAGAGGACAGUUUGGAAGCAUUGACGAUGGACACGAGUUUCAUAUUGAAGGCAAAAGCCUUAUGUGGAGGCAAGUUUAUGGUCUUACUUCCCGCCAGUGGCUUCAGCUCAUCUUCUACAUAUCUCUACCUGCAAUUAUCAUUAUUAUAGCUCUGCUUAUAAGGCAAAGUAAACUGAGACAUCUAUGCUACAGAGCAGGAAGUGAAAGCAACAGAUCUACAUCAGAAGACAGUGGGAGUGUCACCAAGAUGACCACUAGUAAAGUAAGCUCACCUGCGGGCCUGCCAAUCACAUCAGACUCAGAAAGGACCCUGACCGUCUUUGCCAUGAAGAAGAGCUAA